UUGACCAGACCCAGAGUAACAUGUCUGGCAUAUGUGUACCCAACAAGAGGAAAAUGGCUAGAACAAAACUAAACCCUGAAACAACAGAGUCAGUUUCCACUUCAACAGGUGUGGUAAAGGAUUUGGGAAGAGAGGCUGAAGGAAGUGGAGCGAGACCCUCCAAAAAUAUGAGAACAGGCUCUCUGAAAACAAAGAAAACUUACCCCAGAAAAAGGUAUCAUGAUCUCCAGCCUGUGAUUAUGAGACCUACAGAGGAUUUAGACCAUGGGUUGUCCUGCAGUUCUGUUACCACUUCCAGCCUGGCCAAUGGCUUGGAGAGCCAAACUAUGCAAAUAUACCACACAGAGGGAAUGAUAAGAAAAAGUGAUGACUCCAAUUCAGACACAUUUAAUGAAACAGAUUUUAAGAUGAAAAAGAAGCAGAAGCUGGAGGAAACCGACCAGUCAUCAUUGAAAAAGUACAUUGAGCAAGUAAAGCAAACAGUACCAGUUAUAGUUCCUGUUGCUCAGUUCUCGCAGAAGACUCAGAGGACUGUGGAGCAGAAAUCAGCUCAGCACAGCAAGAAAGAGACGCAUGUUUAUCCACUAGGAAGUCAAGAGGAGAAAUGGCAGCUGCAGAUUUUGGCAAAGGGUAGAGUAACAUGCCCAAAAUGCAAAAGUGUUGGAAGAAAGACAGUAGAUGGGUUAAAGAAACACCUGGAAACAUGCAAACUGAACCCAUUUACAUGUCCACAUUGUGAAAAACAACUGAAAACUUCAACUGGAAUGAAAUACCACCUCAUGGCUGACCACAACAGCUUGCCCAUUCCAGACACUGGUAAUGAACUAGUUGACCAGGAAGUAAAGGAAAAACUACGCAAAGUAUUAAAGAGAAUGGGCAAAUUAAAGUGCUCCAGAGAGGGCUGCACUGGAAGCUUCACUAGUAUAAUGGGUUAUGUGUACCAUAUGAAGAAAUGUGGCAAAGAGUCGUCUGAGCUGGAGAAACUCUUAAUGAACUGUAAACACUGUGGAAAAACUUAUCGUUCCAGAGCGGGCCUGGAGUAUCAUCUCAAAAACGAACACAAUCCAGCAGCUGAGGAAAGUGAGGAGGUAAAGCCGCAGAAAGAGCCAGUGCCAGAGCGGACGCAGAGCGGACGGGCCAAACGCAUGUCGGCGCAGGUCGCCGGGUUUUACCUGAGAGAAAUCGCCAGUGAGGAGCUGCUGAAGGAAUGGCCCAAAAGAAAAGUCCAACGUGAUCUGGUGCCAGAUGACAGGAAGCUGAAGUAUUCCCGUCCAGGGCUGCCGGCCUUUAGCCAGGAGACUCUGCGGAAAUGGAAGAAUGAAGUCAAACUGCAUAAGAAAGUGCAGUGUCCAAACAAGGGUUGUGGAUGCUUCUAUACCAGUGUAUCAGGCCUGAAGGCUCAUCUUGGACUGUGUACCUUGGGUGAAUUUGAGACUGGGAAGUAUAAAUGUUUGAUAUGUAAGAAAGAAUUCAACUCUGAAAGUGGAGUCAAGUACCACAUCAAUUCCAUUCAUUCUCAGGACUGGUUUGUUGUUCGGUCCAAGUCUAAGAGCUCAAAGUUUGAAAAACUGGACAAGACUCAAGCAAAGGAAGAUUCAGACCUUCCCUCGCCAGACCCAGAAACUCUCAGUUUCCCCCAGGUCUCCAGCAGCACCUGGCAGGACAGACAGACGUCAGCGACGCCCAUGUCAAGUGGCACAGCGACCCAAGAACUGCAAAUGAAGAGGAAGGAGAGACGAAACCAACAGAAGAAGAAAGCAAGCGGACAGGAGAAAGACUGCUAUGAAUUCAGUGGCAAUGAGAGUCAGAGCAGCAGCAGCAGCUCCAGCUCCAGCAGUGAGUCUGAACCCGAGACCCACAGACAGGACGAAUGGACCCUCAGCAGACCCCUCUCCAGCCAGAGACCCGAAAGUGACUCGUAAAGCAUUCCUGUCCCGUCAUAUAUGGAGUUCUCCAAAGAUUAAAGAGGUACAUUACAGUUCAGAAGUUUGGAGUUAAAGGGAUAGUUCACCCAAAAAUUAAGAUUUUCUCAUGGUUUACUUACCCUCAAGUGCUUCCCUAUAACCAUUGACUUCCAUAGUAGGAAACACAAAUACUAUGAAGUCAAUGGUUACAGUUUUUCAGCAUUUUUCGAAAUAUCUGCUUUUGUAAGAAACUCAUAAAGGUGAGUACAUGAUGACAGGAUUUUCAUUUAUUAUGUGAGCUAUCCCUUUAAACAAUUGAAAAACGUCUCUUAUGCUCACUAAAGUUUGAAUAAAU